ACCUUUAAAACAGCUAAUAUCCUUCGUAGAGCCUUUUUUCUCAGCCACACCCUUGUCGAUUGGUAUUAGUUGUCCUUUUUGUGCAUCAACCAACAAAUGAUAGCAACAACCUAACAUCUCUACUUCACUUCCGAACAGAUAACGUGAGAGCAUUCUUUCAUGAUUUACGUCCAGAGAGAGGAUUCAGAUACGGUGAUGUAGUGUAGAGCUUUAGAUGUUAGACGGUGGUGUGGAUGAGAGUCCUCGGCUGACUGAGUUGAGCAAUAGCACCGAGACGACGACGCCAAGAGUGUUGACUGUGUUAUCGUUCUUGUUAGAAAAAUUGGUGGCACGAAACGACCGGCUCCUGUCAAUAGACCAAGAAGGAAAAAUUGAUAAUAAUCAAGGAUUUAUCAAGUUAUGCGAAGGGAAGAAGACACUGAAUGUGUUCCAUGGAGUUAGAGCUCCAAGUAUGAGUAUAGCGAAGUACUUGGAGAGAAUAUACAAGUUUACCAAUUGUAGCCCAUCUUGUUUCGUGGUGGGUUAUGUUUAUAUUGAUAGAUUGCUUCAUAGACAUCCUGAUUCUCUUGUUCUCUCAUUAAAUGUUCACAGGUUACUGGUUACUAGUGUCAUGGUUGCGUCCAAGGUUCUUGACGAUGAGCACUACAACAAUGCAGUUUAUGCUAGAGUUGGAGGAGUUAGCAAUGCUGAACUGAACAAGCUGGAAAUGGAGUUGUUGUUCUUGUUGGAUUUCAGGCUUAUAGUGAGCUCGCGGAUUUUCGAGAGCUAUUGCUUGCACUUGGAAAAGGAAAUGAUGUUGGGUGGUAUUGGCCAAAGAAUUGACAGACUGGUUUUGUCUAGUUCUGUCGACGACGAGACUGAAAUAUCAGUUGAUGAUACUCAACGGAGUUCUUCCACGCCGCCUCUUUUAUGAUAUCUUCUUUCUUUGCUUAUAUACUUUACUAGAAAUAGUCCGUGUUGUCGGCACGGCAUGAGGUUAACAGAAAGUUCUAAUAAAUAUCUAGAGAUACUAGAAAUAAUCCGUGCUGUCGGCACGGCAUGAGGUUAACAAAAAGUUCUAAUAAAUAUCUAGAGAUAGCUCGUGCCGUAAAUAUGAUAUCUGACUGGUGUGAAAUUUUUUUUUCCGGAUUUUAAAUCGUGUUUCUUUGCAAGAUAGUUUUCUAUUUUGUUUUAAGCGAAAAUAAUGUCUAUAAAUACAUUGUAAAAUUAUUCA